UUCACCCUAGAUCCUCUUUCGCUUCGUUGCCCUCGUUGCUUCGUUCGCGUACGCAGCAGCUCAAGCACCAGCGCGGUUGCUGGAGUUUGGUUCUUGGUCCCCACGCAGCAAGCAUCAUGGUGCUCUCCAACGAUAUUGAUCUCUUGCAUCCUCCAGCGGAGCUGGAAAAGCGAAAGCACAAGCUGAAACGUCUCGUGCAGUCGCCCAACUCUUUCUUCAUGGAUGUGAAGUGCCAAGGUUGUUUUAGCAUCACAACCGUGUUCAGCCACUCCCAGACUGUGGUUCUCUGCGGGAGUUGCUCCACAGUGCUGUGCCAACCUACCGGAGGAAGGGCUCGCCUGACCGAAGGUUGCUCUUUCAGGAAGAAAGGCGACUAAAUGUGUUAUUGUAGGUGCUCCUCGGGAUACCCGCUGUGUUAUUAAAGAACAAGUAUGAGGGCUGCACCAUUGCGCAACAGAAUCAGUCGUAAUGAAUGCCAAUAAAUGGUUCGUUGAGCUUGUUUCUCAAUGAUAGCCUUUGUUACUGGCACUCAUUGAGUGGUUCCAGUGCUUCAGAACAACCUGGGUACGCUUGAAUUUUAUGUAUGAACGCUUUGUGGGUGCAAAUGAGUUUGUGAAAGAUUUGAGGGAAAAUUCCGGGAUUAUUCUAAAUUACGAAGCGCUCUGUCUGUUUUCCUGGUGCGCAUGGAGAAUUGAUGAAGACUAUUCUUAAUAAACAGAAAGAUUACUUGUUUUUGUUC